AUGGUUCACUGCGAGCGGGCUUCGAAGCCUCUGCUCCAAUGUCUGCGCGGCUCUUACGCUAGAGGCGUGGCUGGUGUCCAGCUUCAGACGCGAGCUUUCCAGUCGACUGCCACCACUCGCGAGGCCGAGACCGAAGCGCCCAGUCAACCCUUCCACAAGGCCCCGGAUCCUGCCCUUGUGACGAGUCCCCGCCUUGAGAGACGUCUGUUGCGCCAGGGAACCACCCCAAUUGGAUCUCGUCGUCGCCGUGCCGCACUCCAGACUACCGACAGCAUCCCGUUCGAACAGCUGCCCUACCAAUGUUUCCAAGAAGCCCGCAAGGUUCUCCUUGCGGACCGCGAGGAGAAGCUGAAGGAAAUCGAGACAAUGCAGCAGCGCAUUGCCAGACAAGAGGCUCUCCCCGUUGAGGAGGCGGGAGGUGCCAAGGCACAGAAGUCCCGGGUGACAGCAAUGCAAUUACACCUGGAGCGCCUCAAGAUCAUGGCUGAUAUUAACGACCCCUCGGUGAAGCGACGAUUCGAAGAUAAUGAAGGUGACAUGUCUAAGCCCAUCUACCGCUUUUUGGCCGACCGCAAAUGGCGCGAGUACCGCCGCAAGAUUCUUGUCCAGCGUAUCACACAGAUGAACGUCAUUCCCGACGUUCUCCCUCACUGCGACCCAGUCGUAGAAACCAAGUUGUACUUCGGCAAGCGACAGAUCCCAGUCGGUGAAUAUGUUGAAGCCAGACAGAGCACCGUUGCCCCCAAGCUCGACGUGCAGCUUUUCGAAGCCGGCGAAAAGCUGGUCACCAUCGCUGUUGUUGACUCCGAUGUCCCCAACGUCGAGAAGGACAGCUUCGACUAUAAGACCCACUUCUUGGCCGUCAACGUGCCCAUCUCAGCCACCUCCACCAAGGUCGACCUUGCCCAGCUUUUGGAAGACUCCCAGGUCGUUCUGCCCUGGCUACCACCCGUCGCCCAAAAGGGUAGUCCCUACCACCGUCUCUCUGUCUUCAUCAUGGAGCAGAAGGACUCCCAGCCUCUCGACUUUGCCGCCGUGAAAGCGAAGGAGACUAGCCGCGACGACACUCUUCUUCGCACCCUUCAGGCCCGCUACCACCUCAAGGCCAUUGGUGCCCACCUUUUCCGUACCCAAUGGGACCAGACGACCCUGGAGGUCAUGAAGGAGCUCGGAUUCAACGGUGCAGAUGUUGAGCUGCGUCGCAAGAGGGUCGAGCCUCUGCCUUAUAAGAGACGCAACCCCUCUUCUUUCCGCUGA